AUGAAGAUCGGACUUUGCGCCUACAGUGGUUACAAGAUUUACCCUGGCCAUGGCAAAACCAUGGUUAAGGUGGACGGCAAGACUUUCACAUUUCUUAACUCAAAAUGUGAAGCAGCUCAUCUUAUGAGGAGAAAUCCUCGAAAAGUUACAUGGACUGUUCUUUACAGACGUAAAUUCAAGAAAGGUCAGGAGGAAGAGCAAGCUAAGAAGCGCACUAGGAGGACACAAAAGUUCCAGCGUGCCAUUGUAGGCGCCUCCCUCAGUGACAUCAUGGCUAAGCGUAAUAUGAAGCCCGAAGUAAGAAAAGCUCAAAGAGAACAAGCAAUUAAAGCUGCAAAAGAACAGAAAAAAUCCACAAAAGCAGCUAAGAAGGCCCCUGCCGCUCCACCAAAAGCAAAGGCUGCGCCUAAAGCUAAAGCUGCAAAAGUGAGUCAAAAAUCAGCACCGCGUGUUGGAGGCAAGCGAUAA